AUGCCAGUUUUCCCUGAAACGAAAAGAAGAGGGAACCCAUAGGAUGAAUUACGGAAUUGAUUGGGAAGCAGAACAGCGUCAGACCCUUCUAGAUGGUCGAGCUUCAUUGGACAGAUCAACACAAUCUGUAGCUCGAUCUCAAUUGGUGGCUGCAGAGACAGAACAAAUUGGUAGAGAAGUCAUCAAUGAAUUGGGGGAGCAAAGAGAAACGUUGGUUCGUGCCAAGCGGAGACUCUCCGAUACUGAUCAAGAGCUGAACAACUCUCGGAAGAUCAUGAGACUCAUUACCAGAGGAGUACUCACUAAUAAAAUUGCUCUCAUCUUGAUAAUUAUUCUAGAAGGAGCUAUUCUCGCUUUGACUGUGUAUUUGAAAUUUUUCUCUAAGAAAUGAAUAUUCCCGACUACAUUGCAUUUACAAAAAUAUUAAAUCAUUAAAUGAAGAAGAAAUAUCUUCGAAA